UUUUCUCUUCGGUCACUGCAAGUAGCGGGGCACAGUGCCGACUAGAGAGAUGGUGGAAGGACCAGGAUGUACUCUGAAUGGAGAGAAAAUUCGGGCGCGAGUGCUCCCAGGCCAGACGGUGAUAGACGUGCGGGGAAGUGCUCUUCAGAAUCUGCAGAGCCCCGCGUUGCUACAGGCAGUCUCAGGGCUCCAGGUCUCUUCACAGGCUGCUGCACUGAAUAAUAAUAAAGAGUCCAGACAGAAUUUCUUGCAACAAUUUAAUGGAUAUAUUUACAGUGGUGUGGAAACUUUGGGGAAGGAGCUCUUUAUGUACUUUGGCCCAAAAGCUUUACGGAUUCAUUUUGGAAUGAAAGGCUCCAUCAUGAUUAAUCCACUUAAACAUAAAAGUAAAAAUGGUGUUUCUCCUGUUUUUGAAGUGCAGCUCACCAAAGAUUUGAUUUGUUUCUUUGACUCAUCUGUAGAACUCAGGAACUCAGUGGAAAGCCAACAGAAAAUAAGAAUGAUGGAAGAAUUAGACAUAUGUUCACCUAAAUUUAGUUUCUCAAGAGCAGAAAGUGAAGUUAACAAACAGAAAGGUCGGAUGCUAUGUGAUGUGUUACUGGAUCAGAAAGUGUUGCCUGGGGUAGGGAACAUCAUCAAAAAUGAAGCACUCUUUGACAGUGGUCUCCAUCCAGCUGUUAAAGUUUGUCAAUUAACAGAGCAACAGACCCAUCACCUUGUGAAGAUGAUUCGUGAUUUCAGCAUUUUCUUUUACAGGUGCUGUAAAGCAGGAUCUGGUGUUUCUAAACACUACAAGGUUUAUAGACGUCCGAACUGUGGUCAUUGCCACUGCAGAAUAACUGUAUGUCGCUUGGGGGAGAACAACAGAAUGACCUAUUUCUGUCCUCAGUGUCAAAAAGAAAAUCCUCAACAUGUUGACAUAUGCAAACUACCAAUUAGAAAUACUGUAGUCAGUUGGACAUCUAACAGGAGGGAUCAUCUUAUUGACUUGGUGGCUCAGAAGUCUGAAGAGCAAUGGACAUGUUUGGUCUGCACACUAAUAAAUAAGCCCUCUGCUAAGACAUGUGAUGCUUGCUUGACCUCAAGGCCUAUUGAUUCAUUGCUCAAGAAUGAAGAAAAUACUAUUGCCUUUAGCAACCUAAUGAAGUAUCCUUGUAAUAGCUUUGGGAACACACAUACAGAAGUAAAGAUCAACAGGAAAACUGUAUUUGGAACUACAACCCUUGUCUUAACUGAUUUUAGCAGUAAAUCCAGUACUUUGGAAAGAACAAAAAGCCAGAACCAGAUACUGGAUGGGGAAUUUCAAAACUGUCUUCCUUCAAACAUUUGUCUUAGUGAUACACAGCACCCCUCCAAGGAGAGAACAAACUAUAUAACUCAACUAUCUAACAAAGUAAACAUAUCACCUUUGGUCUGCUCUCAGUCUGAAUUAUUUAGUCCAGCACAUAAAAAAUUGAAAACAACCCACCACUCAGAACCUGAUCUCAAAAGUUGCAACCUUGGAUUUUCUAACAGUGUACACCAAACGAAUAUGACGGCUGGUUCUUGUACCUUAAAUGCUGGUGGCCCUCGAUGCAGUAAACACAACCGCCACUGUGUUCUCCGAGUUGUGAGGAAGGAUGGCCCAAACAAGGGAAGACAGUUUUAUGCUUGUCCUCUGCCUGGAGAAGCACAAUGUGGAUUUUUUGAAUGGGCAGAUUUGUCCUUCCCAUUCUGCGACCAUGGCAGGCGCUCCAUCAUGAGAACAGUGUUGAAGAUUGGACCUAAUAAUGGAAAGAAUUUUUUUGUGUGUCCUUUUGAGAAAGAAAAACAGUGCAAUUUUUCCAGUGGGCAGAAAAUGGACCAGGAAUAAAAAUUAUUCCAGGAUGCUAAUAUUUUCUCUUUCUGUAGAAUGUCUGGCACUUCAUCCUUUCAAACUUUUUAUAAUGUAUACACCCCUUUGUUUAAUAAGAAAGCUUGUAAAAUACCUCAUGUAACCUAAGUAUGCAGUAUUUGAGACGAGGUCUUUUUUUUUUUUAAUGUGUUAUCCUGUGGUAUUUUUUUCCCUUUUAUCUUAAUGAAUGUACUCAUUUCAUCAGAUGGGCAGUAUAUUCCAUUUAUAAUGUAUAUUUAAUGCAUGUAAUAAUUACAAUAAAGUUAUCUUCAGUA